GUUUUUUCCCGCCGAUUGCUAGCUUGUGUUUUCGCGCGAAAAAAAAAUGGGCGGCGUGUUGUUAGGUUAGGGAGAGCCAUUGAAGCUGAGGCAGAUGAACUAAGGAAAAAUCCAGAUCUCUACAAUGCAGAGCAACAUAAGAUCAUUCUUCCAGCCUCUAGCGCGAGUAAAGUCUGAAAAAGAAAAAACAGAAGACAGCAACUUGGAAGAUGUGCUUAGUUCACAAAAGAAAUUAGUAAAUGAUUCAGAACUCUGUGAAGACUUCACAGUGAAAUGUGCAUCAAAAAAACCUAAGGUCCUUAAGAGUGAUGAUGAAGAUGAUCCUGUGGAAUUAGAUGGAAAGGAUGCACAAGCAGAUGACAACAAGUUGAGCCCUGACUGUGUUUCUGAAGAAAAGAUCUCUGAAGAGAGCAUCUCUCCAAGUAUCAGCCCAAUUACCUCCAAUUCAGCCACAUCUGUCAGUAUCCCAAGGCGCAAAACUGCCCGCAAGCAGCUUUCUAAACGUAAACCAGAGGAAGAUGACAAUAGUUAUUCUUAUGAAAACCACAGUAGUAAAAGAUGGAAGGAAAACCUUGAUGGAGAUGAUUCUAAAGAUAAAACCAAUGAGAAACUGAUAGAAGUGGAAGAAGUUAAAAGUGAGAAUGCAACAUUGGUGGAGCAUAAAACAGAUAAAAAUGCAAAGGAAGAAGAAAUUCCAGAUUCCUCUAAGCCAUCCAGCAAGUCAAUUUCUAGUUUUUUUGCUCCCAAGAAGAGUUCUGUGAAAAUAGAAAAGAAGCAAGCACCUGUAGUAUCAGCAAGCAUAUCAGUACCAAAGUGUUUUAAUAAAAUUAGUAAUGAUGAGACCAGCAGCAUAGCUGACAA